UGUCGUCAUUCGGCAGCAUCGGGCGCGCACGGACGUCGUAGCUGCAUGGGGGCGCGAUCAGUAUUUUCAUACGGUGCGAAUCCAAAAUGUCAGACAUCGAUAAAUGGAUAGAGAUCGCGCAAGAGUGCAAAUACCUGCCCGAGAAUGAUCUCAAGAAACUCUGCGACAUGGUAUGCGACUUACUGCUGGAGGAGUCCAACAUCCAGCCCGUGUCCACCCCGGUGACGGUGUGCGGCGACAUCCACGGCCAGUUUUACGAUUUAGAGGAACUGUUUCGCAACGGCGGCCCCGUGCCGGACACGAACUACAUAUUCCUAGGGGACUUCGUCGAUCGGGGCUACUAUAGUUUAGAAACGUUCACUCGUCUGCUCACACUCAAGGCUAAGUGGUCCGACAGGAUAACGUUGCUGCGCGGUAAUCACGAGUCUAGACAAAUCACGCACGUUUACGGAUUUUACGAUGAAUGUCAAAACAAGUACGGUAAUGCCAAUGCAUGGAAGUACUGUUGUAGGGUGUUCGACUUGCUCACAGUUGCUGCCUUAAUUGAUGAACAGGUUCUUUGUGUACAUGGUGGGUUAUCUCCGGCUAUUAGGACACUAGAUCAAAUUAGAACGAUUGAAAGGAAUCAAGAGAUUCCACACAAAGGUGCUUUCUGUGAUUUGGUCUGGUCCGAUCCAGAGGAUGUGGAAACGUGGACGGUGAGCCCGCGCGGGGCGGGCUGGCUGUUCGGCAGUAAAGUGACUUACAUGUUUAUGGAAGUAAACGAUCUUAAACUCAUCUGUAGGGCACACCAACUAGUUCAGGAAGGUUAUAGGUACAUGUUCAAUGACAAACUCGUGACGGUGUGGUCGGCCCCAAAUUACUGUUACCGGUGCGGUAACAUAGCUAGUAUCUUGCAACUCACGAGCGUGGAUCAGAGAACACCCGUGCUGUUCCAGGCAGUGCCUGAUUCCGAGAGGGUGAUCCCACCGCUGACUCCCACUCCGUACUUUUUGUGAUCUAACUUAGUGGCCGAUCUGUACGCAGGAAGAAGAAGAAGAAGAUGCGGGAGGGAAGUGUCCGUGUCUAGACUUUAUGGAUUCGCAUGACUCGAUCGCAGGUCCUGGUCCACCACGAUGAAGAGCCACACACACACGCGCGCGCGCGCAAAUUCACGAGAAUAAUACGUAUGUCACAAAACACACACCGAAACACACGUAACUUCCUAGAAUUUUGAUUCCCUUAAAAGAAAAUAAAAAAAAGCAAAAAAGAUAAAAAAGAAGAAGUGGAGGAAGAAGAAGAAGAAGGAAAUUGCUCGAAUGCGUUCCACGAAACGAAACUUGUGCGAUACCGAGGAGGACCGAAUUCGUCGCGUGAUUGCUCUCGUUCAGGGAAUGUUCUUUAGAUUUUUUAUCAGAACUUUAUCAGGUUUUACAUGUUGUAAAGCUAACUUUUAUAUAUAUACAUAGUGUCUGCCAUCGCAUCAGCCUGAUUUUUGUAGUUCGCGAAAGGAGGGGGGGGGGGGAAUACACAUAUUUUGCAAAUCGGGGCAAACGUGAAAACGCGGUUCUGUGGUCUAGACGCUUUUGCUGUCUACUGUGUACAUUCUGUAGAGCAUUCGUAUCUCAGAGCAGCAUCGUGGACUUCGAUGUUCAAAGGGACUAAAGAGCUUCUAAAUAAUUUAUGAACGCGAGUAAAAAGAUGUACGCGAAUAGUCCAGUGCUGCGUGUGUGAUCGAUCAAACCGAAAGAGUACCGAGGGAAAGAAGAAAGAAACAUUCAUAUCACACAUUCAAACACAUUCCGGCAGCGCACCAUCCGAGUACAGUUGAAUGCUUCUCUGAUAUCGCGAUCGUCGUGCGUAGAAUUCAGGUUUAUCAACAAAGCGUGAGCAUAUAUAGUACUGUUAAGGUCUUCCUGAACAAUGUAAAUGGUCUGUUUCCGGUUUAGGUACUGUGUGUGCUGCGUGCGGUUCUCUUUUCUCUUCUCUAGAAUCGCGCGAUUAGUGAUCCUAGCGAGCAAAUCAUAUUGAUAUACGGCCCGGCACUUCCGGCCGAGGUACAAAUAGCGUGUAGCGGUAGCCAAAGUUCUCCCGCCUAGGUAAGGGAAUCCGGAUGAUAGCGGGAUAUCGUUCUACCAUCUCUGUAAAGGUAUUCCCGUGUCUUACUUUUAUGCACAUGACAUUUCUUUUUUAUAAGCUUAAUUUUAUAAGGGAAAUUCUACGCUCAAUAUUACCUCCAUCACCCGAUAUAUACACACGAGCACACUUUCAUACUCGCUCACCUCACACACAGAUACAUACACGUUUACACGAAUUGAUAUUCCGUUCGGAAAAGGAAAAUAUUCGUUCGUCGCACUUCUCUAUACAUGUACAAAGCAAUAUUUUUUCGAAUACCAUUGUAUUCUCCGAAUCUUUGUACAGGUUUCCGAUAUAUCGUAUGCCAAAUCGCUGUCGUACUAAAUAAUCAUAAUUAGCUAAUUGUCAUAAGUUCAUUAAUGUAGGGAGCAACUUUAAAAGGAAAAAAAAACCGAGACCCUUAGCAAUGUGCCUCUAAAUUAAUAAGAGCGUUUGUGUAAAAAUAUAAUACGAUACGAUAACUGAUACGACAUAAUUAACGGGAUGCACACCGGCCAUUGCGUAUAUAAAUAAUCAUAAGCCUGAAUUCUGAUCAUCGAUUUUUGCUAGCUCACGAUAACUCCUAACCGAUCACAGACCCGACAGAAAAAAAAAAAAAACGGCAUCGGCAUCGUGGCACUGGCUGUCAAGUUGAGACUACUCUAUUUUGAAUUUUGUGAUAUAGAGAGAUCGAAGGAGGCGCGCGCAAUGAUCAUGUCGACGUUUAUAACGACUCUCCUUGUCCGCGCCGUUCGCGAGGUGGUUCGCGAGGACCCGUUAUCCGCAAGAGACGUAAUGGACUUUUGAACAGUGCCUUCAGAACUAUAACAUGACGGUCUACUAGAAGUAUAAAAAUGCUUUCUUACUGACACAUACACACACACAGAUAAUCAUAGACGAGUUAACCGUAAGGACACAGGGGAUCGUGCAUAAAUAUACACAUAUGCCAGAGCUUAAACGCAUGAUGACGCGAGGAAAUUUUUAUCGUCCUUUCUCUGCAUUUUUCUUUCGUCUCUCCCACGGACUUUUUUGGAAUCUGAACCCUUUUCCAGUCGCGGAGCUUUCCUACGAUAUUUAUGAUUUUACGAUUUUUUUACGCUUCUUUUAGAUCCGUUCUUACGGAUACGAUCGUUUUGCGACGUCGCAGCGCGCGGGAUAUUAUCCAUUUGUACCACAUUUAUCGCAACGUACGAUUUAUGCGAUGCUUUACGCGAGCAAACGCGCGUCGCGUUAGGUAGACGCGAAGAGCGCACCGAGAACGAAUCGACAGACACGGAGCUUACGUUACAAACUCGACUCGCUACAUUUGCAAGCCUCCGGGUCGUGAAACGGAGUCGCGACGACGACGAACACCCCGCGUGCGGUACGGGUAUCCUAAAAAAAAUAAAAUAAAAAAUCCUAAAAAGUAUUAGCCUCUGUAUGUCUACUACCGGGGUGUUCGCGGCGUUUCGCCUUCUGGAAUGUCUCUGUCUGUGAUCGCUUUAAAUCUUAUCGAAGUGUCCAAGCGCUUGCGGCGACUCCGAUGUCUCAAUGGAUCGGCGAGCGCGCGAGAAAGAGAGCGAGGGGAAAGCGAACGAAUAAAGACAAUUUGCAAGAUAAAUAAAUAAAGAAUAACGAAGACUAAUUUAGCUUAAUUGCGCUCCGUGCGGGAGCUUGAACACUGCGUAUAAUCCUUAAAGAUCUCACAGGUAGACAUCAUUUUAAAACGAUCAUCGUGUACCUUGAAAGUAUAGACUUUGUUAUGUUAAUGUAAUGAAGAACGUCUGUAAUAAAAAUGCGCAUGAAAUUCGCA